UCAUCAAAGUGUUUUGUUCUUUCAGAUUUUCCAAUUUACAUUUGAAUACAAUAAAGCAACAUGAGUCAGGCAGUUAGAUCUACAGGUGACUAGACCUAUACAGGAUUCAGGCAGUAUUUAAAUUCAGGCAGUCAAUGCAGACCUGACAUCACACCCAAGCCUCAUAAUAAAUGCAGUGAUCAACUGCAGUGAACAGAAAAAAAAACAGAAAAGUGAAAGUUAUUAAAAUGGAGUUGAAUGUGAAAAUUUUGUUAUUUUUCGUGGCUAUGGCAGCUGGUACAAAAGGUUCCCUGGUAAGACUGAGAGGUGGUGUGUACUUUAAUGAAGGAUAUGUGGAAACCCUGGCUCCAACAGGUUGGGGAGCAAUUUGUGACCAAGAUAAAACAACAUGGGGAAAACUUCAAGGGGACUUGUUAUGCCGUGAGCUGGGGUUUCUAGGCUCAGUAUCCACUGCGCAUGGAUCUAGUGAUUUUGCCACAGUACCAGUGGAUGUCAAGACGGUUACUGAAAGCGUAGAUUGUGAAGGUGCAGAAUCAUGGAAGGAAUGCAAUAUCAAAUACAGGGAAGACUGUUUGGCAGAAGAUGUUGUAAGCGUUAGAUGUGAAGUAGAAUCUAGAUCAGCUUGCAAAUCUGGAUCUACCCCAGCUCUUGGUUCGUGCUAUACUAUCAUCAAAGAAGCACAACCAUUCCCUCAAGCACAGGUUCAAUGCCGGGCACUUGGAGCAGAUCUUCUAGAAAUUGAGAGCCAACUUGAAAACACAGUGGUUGGUCUGAUAAUAGAGCAUAAUGGUGCUGGUGCUGAACCUCUAUGGACUGGUGGAGUUGUCAGUCAUAUCCUAGAGGCAAGUUUUAUGAUCUGGCAUGGAUCCCAACAAAGGAUUACUUUUCUAAACAAUCUCAACUCUUCAGACGCAGAUGACAGACCUAAAGGGGUAGUAAUACAACUAGAUGAUAAAGAUCUCUCCCCCUCGUGGAGAACUGAAGAGUUUGAGGCAAGUCUGCCCUAUGUUUGUGAAGCAAAACAGGACGACAUUGGUUGUCUAUCUGGUGAAGAUCCUGAGGGCGUAAACUAUACUGGACCUGGUGCUAGAGAUGGGAUGGGAAUAGAUUGUAUCCCCUGGAAUACUGCAGGACUAGAUCCGUCUGAGGAGUACUCUCAGUGGACCCAUAAUCUCUGUCGUAAUCCUGAUGAUUCAUUUGCUCCAUACUGCUAUUUAGAUACUACAGGAGAACCCAGUACAUGUCUUAUUCCUAGGUGUGUUUCGUUCCAAAAAAGUUCCCAGUCCCCUGGAGCAGAAUGCCCAUAUUUACAGAGCAGCACCUCAGAACCAAUCUUUCUAGACGGCUGUCCUGCUGAAGAAUGGCAAUGUCCCGAUGGAUCUUGUAUUUUUAAGGGAUAUGUUUGUGAUGGUUCAGAUGACUGUUCAGGAGGAGAGGAUGAAUUCAACUGUAGACGACUAUCAUCACUCUUCAUCAAGGAUGAAGGUUAUAAGUUAGAAACAGGAGCAGAACAGGAGAAAUCCAUUCAGGCCACAGAAGAGGAGUGCGCUCGGCUAUGCUUAUACAAGAAAUCUGACAGUACUGGUCCAUGCAGCUCUUUUACGCAUAGACCUGGGACUGAUGAUAGACCUGCAAAAUGUAUUCUGGGAAAUCUAUAUAGAAACGGUCAAAUUGAUAGUAUAGUUGAGAAGAAAGGAUGGAAUUACUAUGCAUUGAACGCUACUGAGAAAAUCAGGCGGGGAGUUAACAACAAUGCCCCAAUUCAAGGGCUCCGGCUAAGAAGAAUUAAAAAGCUUAACAUGGAUUUGGUUGAGGUGAGAAUGUUUGGUGAAUGGGGAGCAGUCUGUGAUGAUGGAUUUACGCCUAGAGAAGGGGAGAUUGUUUGUAAACAGCUGGGAUAUAAUUUAGGGGUAGAGAAGAUAAUUCCCCGGGGUGGAGUUGAGGGUGAUACAACCAUUCUACUCCAGGGUUUACAAUGCUCAGGUAAUGAGAGUUCUAUAUCUGAAUGUAUGUAUGAAAAAAAGCAACCAGAUUGCUCCCCGGACCAAGCAGUCGGCCUAGUCUGCAGGGAGACUGCUAAAGUUUGUGACGACGAUCAAUUCCAUUGUUCAAACGGAGAGUGCAUCAACAUAGAUAAUCUAUGUGAUGGUAUAUCUGGAAAAGGAAACUGUAAGGAUGGAUCUGAUGAGGAUCCUUUACACUGCAAUUCACCAACUCAGGUUCGUCUGGUUGGAGGGGAAUCAUUUAACUCUGGUAGACUGGAAAUCAGGCACAAGGGAAUAUGGGGAACUGUUUGCGCAGAUUUUUUUUCUAACAAUGAGGCGAACAUAUUUUGCAGAAUGUUAGGAUAUGAUGGAAAUUCUACUUGGGGUGAGAUAUCUGAAUUGCAUCAGAAAGAGGGAAGUUGGCCAAUAUGGAUACGAUUACCGGAAACUAGCUUGUGUACAGGAACUGAAAAAUCAAUAGAUGAAUGUCAUGAAUCUGAUCUUUGGAAUCAUGAUUAUUCAUGUUCACAUCAUGAAGAUAUACAGCUGACAUGCUCAGAUGAUGAUAUGAUAAUUGAGGUUGUGGGACUGGAAAACUCUUCAGAACAACAAGAGUUGGUUGGAUUUGAAAAUAAACAAAUAGUUGAAAACUGUGGUUUAAGACGGAAGCCGGUCACAUUACCAACCAGGGAAAAUAUUCAGAGGGUAGCUGGGGGUCAGAGUGUUCCUCAUGGAUCAAUUCCUUGGCAGGCUAGCAUCCGACUACGUGGUCCAGGAGGAGUAACUUUUCAUCAUUGUGGAGCAGUUGUAAUCUCACCUUUCCACAUUUUAACUACUGCUCACUGUCUUUGGGACUAUAGGAAUAAGCUGGAAAUCUACUAUAUCAGAGUAGAACUUUGUUUUAUUAUGGAUUUUUGA